UCUAGUUUCCUACUAGUAGUCAUCUGCUACCUGCCUGGUGCCUGGUCGUGUUCAUGGUGGCGCCGCCGAUGGCGACGCCUGGCAUCAGCAUCCGCCUCGCAACAAAAAGAAUGGCAUCAGAAUCGUCGAAUCGCAAAAACUCCAGGCCAAAUCGCCUGCGCUCGGUCUCGUUUCCCCCCUAGAGGCCAAGACAAACGAUGCCAUCUUCGCCGCCCGCCGUGCUCGUGCUCUGCCGCAACGCGCCGGCCACGCUGGCGGACCGCUUCCGCCUCCUGGACCUCCACGCCUCGUCCCUCCCCAUCGAUGCCUUCCUCGCCGCCGCGGCCGCCUCCGCCGAGCCCCCUCGCGCGGCCGUCGUCCCCGGCGGCGGCAGCGUCCGCGUCGACGCCGGGCUCCUCGACGCCGUCCCGUCGCUGCGCUGCGUGGUGAUCGUCAGCGCCGGGCUCGACCCGAUCGACCUCCCCGAGUGCGCCCGCCGCGGCGUCGCCGUCGCCAAUGCCGCCGGGAUCUACUCCGCCGACGUCGCCGACCACGCCGUCGGCCUGCUCCUCGACGUCCUCCGCGGGAUCUCCGCCGGCGACCGAUUCAUCCGCCGUGGCCUCUGGCCGGAUCAGCCCGGCGGCGGAAGCUCUCUUCUUCCCCUCGGAUCCAGGCUCCGCGGGAAGCGCGUGGGCAUCGUGGGCCUGGGCCGCAUCGGGUCCGCUACCGCGAGGCGGCUGUGGGCCUUCGGCUGCGUCGUCUCCUACACUUCCCGGGCCGGGCCGAAACCCUCGUUCCCCUGCUACGGCUUCUUCCCCACGGCGCGCGACCUGGCGGCGCACUCGGACGCGCUCGUCGUGGCCUGCGCGCUCACGGCCGAGACCCGGCGCGUCGUGGACAGGGCCGUGCUGGACGCGCUCGGGGAGGGUGGCGUGGUCGUCAACGUCGCGCGCGGGGCGAACGUCGACGAGGACGAGCUGGUGAGCGCGCUAGCCGAGGGCAGGAUCGCGGGGGCCGGGCUGGACGUGUUCGAGGACGAGCCCAGGGUGCCGGAGGAGCUGGUGGCCAUGGAGAACGUGGUGCUCACGCCGCACAAGGCCGUCUUCACCCCGGAGUCCAUGGCCGACCUCGACCGCCUCGUCGUCGCCAACCUCGAGGCCUUCUUCGCCGGCGCGCCGCUGCUUACGCCCGUCCACGUCUUCCACUGAGCAUCGAUCUGUUCGUCGGUGCAAACUGGAGCUAGCAAUUUAGCGGCAAGGCACCUGAAAGAAUCAAAUCCGCAUGAAUAUUUUAGGUGAUUUCGGUUUUUAGCAGUGUUGCGCGGGAAGGCUUUCGGUUUUGAGUAACGGUUUUUUUUAUCGAUGUUGGUAAAUGGGGCUGACCAUGGACAGGCAGCUGCUCUGGGUUACAUCAUGACAACGAAAACAUCAUGUAUUUAUAUCUAUCUAAAAAAUACGGGCGCGUUUUCGUCGUUCUUCGAGCUCCCUUCAUCCGCACCCCUCAACCUGCCCACGCACGACAAAAAAGGGCAUCCCAGACCGUCGCAAUCUUCUCUCGCCCCUGAUGCCGUCCCGUCGAUUCAAGGCAUCCCAACCGCUUCGGAGCCGCCUCCCGGGUCCGCCAUGGCCCCCUCACUCCUCCGCCUCUCUCGCCCCCGCCGCGCGCCCCUCCCGCUCUCCACCCAGCCCCCUCCCCACCCUCCUCCAACUCCAACCGCCGCUUCCUGCCCUUCCUCUCUUUCCUCGCCGCAGACAGCUGCUACCGUCGCUCUCUGUGACUCCGAAGGCCGCGACGACCGGUGAUUUCCCACCCGACCCGACCCACUCGCUCGAUUGAAUUGAUUUGGUCCAGGUCGGCGGGAAGGAGAGCACCGAGCCCGCAUCCCUCGUCGCCGCUUGAAACAGGCCUUCCUGAACGAACAGAUUUACAGACGCCUCAGCCUGGGACGCCGCCGCGCACCCCGUCCGCCGCCGCGCGCGAGCCCGACUGCCGCUCGCCGCGCAGCACCGCCUCUCCGUACGUCACGAGAGGAAGGGAGGGCACCGCAUUGUGGAGAAAGGGGAGCAUAAGGAAAGGAGGGCACCGCACAGACGCCGCACCGCGUCUGGAGAAGCGGAGCGCUGGGGAAAGCGGGCCAUCGCUGCGAUGUUGGGGGGAAGAUGAGGAAGCGACCUGCAGAUUAUACGAUGUAGCCUUCGAGGCGCAUCCUCUGACCCCCGCUGUGCCCGAGCCGCCUUGAUAGCCAUGGUCGCCAUCCAAGGGGAUGAUGGGCUCGGGAGGAGGAGGGUGGGGCCAUGGGGUAGGCAUUCUGGCGCAUCAAUUUAUUAUGAAUAUGAUUUGUUCUGUAAGGAAGCUUUAUAGGUUGCGGUUCUUCUGCAUUGGUCUUUUAUCAUGUUGUUUGUGUAGCUUAUCUUUACAUCUGACUUUACACAGUUCUUCCUGUAACUGAACCACCGAAGGCUGUGAUGGAAUCAACUCAACGAACAAGCGUAUACUGGCAUAUUGCUGCAUGCCUCCUGCUCAUUUGCACUAAUAUGUGCUUGUUAGCAUGCUACAAUUGUUCCCCGAAAAAAAAGAAAAAAAAACCUGCUGCAAUGGUGUGCCCCCCCAACAGUAGGUAAUGGGAGAAGGAGAAAACAUGGGAUUACAAAGAUUGUAGACUUUGUGCUUGCUAGGACAAGACCCUCUAAAACCAUUAAGAUGGAGAAAGCAGCUGUAACAACAGUGGUCCAUGUACAUGUGUUAAGUAACUGCAAUAAUAUUGGCAAAAAAUUGUUUACGGAGACAGUUACUAAUACUUAGGCAUCUCUGAAAUGAUGAAGAAAGAUACCAAGAAUGACA